GCUUCAGUCGACCUCGCAGGCGUACCUCCGUUGUGGCUUCUUGACAAUUAGCAUAAUUGUUAACAGUACUUAUCGUCAGUUUUGACCGGAAGCCGACUUUCUAUUCCAAAUGGUAAAGAUAAACACGUUGGUGUGUUUGGAACACAACAUCCAGAAGUUGAGGAAGUUGGUCUGCGUGUCGAGUUUUUUGACGCUAACAGGAGUGCUAGCUACGACCUGGCAGAAGAACUGUAGCUAACAUCGCCGAAGGUAUGAAGACUGAAGCAAUUUGUCUCAGUACACAGAAAAAGAUAAGUUUGUGAAGCCCUAAGGGUAAUGUUAGUUAGCUGACGUUGAGCUGAAGGCUUGGUCAGGUCAAACGGCUGACUUGUAGCUAGCCGGUGCUAGCUUUUUGAGCAUAUCUGAACGUAAUGCUGAGUUAUUGAAAGCAACGUUGACAGCUUCAAAGGUUGCCAGGUUAAACCAAAGACAUGUAGACAAGAAGUUAAACACACCCACAGGUGUGUCUGUGGCCUGAGGACGUCCCUUUGCCCCAGCCUGGAUCCUUGUGAACAAGUAUUACAACUUCACAACUGCUCUGGCAGUACAUGCAGUGCUACCCAGCCAAUCAAGGCAAGAAGAGCUGAGAACUGAGUGUGUGCUGAUUUUACUAAAACUCCAACAAGCUCAGCAAUAAAGAAUGGCAGCUGUGCUAGGCAGAGCACUGGGGUGGGUGCGCUCAUGGGGCAGUAGUACCAUGUCCGAAAAUACCACAGUGGUUAUGGCUGAGGGCAAGAAGCAUGACUGUGGCAGCCAGGGCUUCAGGGGGUGGACAUCUUGGAUCUGGGGAGGGUGGAGACGUCAACGUGACCAAAGUAGUCCAGUAGAGGAGUUCUGGGAGGCGCAGGAGAAGCUUCAGCCCAUGGAAAUUGAAGAUCUCUGCACAAGGAAACGGGAGACCAUGGUAGAUUCAGAAGUUUCUAGAUGGUGGAAUAAAUUUCUCCCAACUUCUUACUUUUUGUGGCCAAGGAAAACAGAGACAAGCAGACUAAGACAAAGGAGUGGAGGUGCAUGGGACCAUGAUAUUGAUGGGGACUUUUCUGACUACAGAACACCUCCUCCGUCUCCUACACCUCCUUCGUCUCAGCUGACAUCUCCUUUUCGACUCUUUGCACGCAGCUGGAAGGUGGAGAUCCUACCAGAACACUACGAGAUCUGUUUCAACUUCCUCCGCCACUUGUUUGAUCUGUUUGUUGUUGGUUUCCUGUGGACUGUGUCCCCUCCUGCCAAGCUGAUCCUGGAGGUGUUGGGGGUCCAAGGAGCGCUGAGGCUUUGGUUUCAUGGGAUGGCGAUGUUUUUUGUCUCCACAGUUGGAAUGGCAGGAUUACUCUGGUUGAUCCAAGAGUAUCUCCCUCAGUUUGCGUUGAUCUAUGGCAUCAUACAGGCAGUGGUGAUCUCUGUCAGUGUUCGACAGAGUGUGAUAAUGGGCGUGGAGGAAGAAAAAGAAGAGGACAAGGAGGGAAAGGACACUGAUGAAAUGACAGACAGUAGGGAACAUAAAGAAAAACCUGUGUAUGUUCAGGACAAGGUGAAGACAAAUUAAACUUCAGAUGCUGAGAAGCUGCUGUAUCAGACUGUGUCCAGGUGUUGGACAUCACGACAGUGGGACAACACACAGAGAGACUGUUUCACUUCACCACUGUGCUCUGCAGUGUGACUUAAUUAUUGUAUUGCACAUUCAUUACAAACUCAUACAAGUUGUACUUAAGUCACUUUAUGUUCAACACUAUUGAUCUGCAUUUUAUAGAUGUCUGUCCUCACUUGAUCUUCAUGUCAUUACUAGAGUGUUGACAUUGAUACCUAUUCAGAGUUUAGUAUCAAAAAGUAUAUCACUACUGUAAUUGGGUUCAGGAAAAAUGGGGUCCAAGAAAGGUCAGGAAGUUCUUGUGAAAUCAAAAUAGAGACAGAUUCACAGUAUUUCGGGAAAACUAUGGGGAUACUUUUCUCAUGAUUCACCAUAAGACAGUUGCCCUGUUCAGACCAGGUGAUUCUGAGUGAGCGGAAAUAAUCAAAUUUGAACCUAAAACAACUGAAUACACAGUCUGAAGUAAUAAAACCAAAAGCUGUGGUUAAAUGAAAACAUUGUAGGGGAUAGGAAUAAGCAGUGUUUGAGGACAGAGGAGUCUUCAGGCAAGGGCAGAGGUUCAGACAAUCCUUACUGCUACCAGAAUAUCACAGAAUAUCCCAUGAAAGUCAGCUCUAUAAUACAGCAAACGGAGACUCACACUCCCAGCAGCACCUGAUAUUUUCUCUGUUCAGACUCAUGCUCACUCUCAGUGGAGUCAACUUUGAAAGAAAGUCAAUCCUGUCGUUUCUUUCGAUUUUGUCUUUUGCCACCAUCUUUGUCAGUGAAGGUACGGUCACAUUACCCCCACCCCCACCCCCCCGCAAAUAUUCAACCCAUCUUUAACUUUAACUAAUGAAGCUUGUGCAACAGACAAAUUGAAGCAUGCUCCUGUUCAACCUUGACCAGUGAAUUCACACAUCGUGGUUCUAGCAACUCGACACACUGAGUUUGGAAACACAGUGUGUCGAGUGAAAAUCUGAAUUUUUGAAUCACCUGGCGCACACACAGUUCUACUGUAUUAAAGCCAUAAGAUCUCCGUAACCCAGCAGUGACCUCAAUUUUUCAUUCGUCAAAAUAAAAUUCUCAACAAAUUGAGAACGAGACUCUAAUAGCCAUGGUCGUGGCCUCAGCACUCGGCUGUGAUGGUUGCUGUUUGCUCUCAACCAUAAAUCAAAUGUUCAUCGUUUUGUACUAUAUAUAUUUUCACACAUUGAACUUACGACAAGUUACCACAUUCAUUUCUAUUGAGAUUUCACAAACAUGUACCCCUCAAGAACACAGUACUAUCGUUGUUGUAGGAGGUAUCUGCGUAGAGAUUUUCACUAUUGACACAUUAAUACCAGCAGCACAUUUUAAUGUGUUCUCUGUGCACACUUGUAUUUUGCCUUAUGUCAUUCUGUGCAAUGAUUUUGUUUGUUUUACACUUUACUGGGGAUAUAGGCUACACUCAUUCACUACAAGUAUCUUUUUACUUCCUGUCAUACUUUCACUUUAAAGGCACAAAAAUGGAGAGACAAAACAUCUUAUGUGGUUUUAGUGCACAGUGGCAUGUUUUGCUGUCAAUACUCUUGUAUGUUGUAUGACAAUUUUUCUAUUUGAUGUGCUGAUAAUCCGUUUGUCAACAAAGAAAUGGAUUCUAGGUCAUUAUUAUUGCUUAUCUGUGUAACAGCCUGUUAGAUGUGGAAGUCUGAGGCUGACAAUAUUGUAACCAAAUACUUUAAUUGAAAUGUGAUUGUCCAUUUGUGAGCACAUAUACAUAACAUUAGAAUAAAAACACAUAACUGGUCAAAAUUAUAAUCAAAACAUUUUCAGUACACUCCUAAAGAUAACACCGCCACAAAGAAGUGAAAAUGAGUGAGGUGGCAGACAGUGUGUAACCUCAGUGCAAAUAUUAAACUACAAACUCGAUUGACUGAAUUAUUUUUUUCUAACCAAAAGGCCAAAACAUUUUCUAGUUCCAGGUUGUCAGUAGUCUGUUUUGAUGUGAUAUUAACCCGAACAAAUAAUAUGCAGAUGACACCUAAGGCUCUAGAAAACUGUGACAGGUUUUUUCUCCGUAUUUUUUUAGUCAUAGACCAAACAAUCAAGAAAAUAGCUGGCAGUCAAUCAUUAGUUGCAUUUGAUUUUUAUUGUUACUAAUGAAAUAAAAUGUAAAAGGUCUUUUUCAUGGUCAUUUGAACAAGAUGCCUGCACUGCUGUUAAGAGAGGUUUUAAUUUCACUAAAAAUGAAAACCUCUUAAACUGGGUCAUUGCACAGUGUCCUCAUUAUGAUGGUGUUCUGAAUGGUGUCCUGAAAAUGGUUUCUCUGUAAUGCUGUCAGUAUUGAAAUAUUUUCAACCUUUGAAAUUGUAAUUGUAUUUAAUUCACACAUGCACACAAAUGGAGGUUUUGUUUUAAUGUUAGCAGCUACAGACUUCCUUAGACAGAAUGUAACUAUCUUGUGUUUUUUUCUAUUCCACCAAAUUUCUAUUAACAGACGGAGUCCCCAGAAGAACUCUUUGUUGCCUUCUAUUCAUUGUUUGCUUAUAUGGAGCUUUUAUUGCAGUGAUAUUAACGCUGACUAUUUUUCUAUGAGUAACCAGCACACCUAACAAGUGCUGGAUCACUGUAGCUGAAUAAACCCUGUCCUGCCUCCUUAAAUAGAUAAGGAGCACCAACACCUGUGGUGUAAGUAUAGAGAAGAGUCUGUUGUGACCUGUUACUGUACAUCUCAUUUAUGGCCACUUUGAACCAAACACUACGCUGAGGUUAAAUGCUCCAACUGGCUCAAUAAACUGAUGUCCUUUUA